AUGACAGCAGCAAAGAGGUCCGUCAUCUUGACCAUCAGGACGCGCACAGAUCAGAACUCCAGAGUCCUGGACAUCCUGGAGGCCAGAGGUGAGAGAGCGUGUCGCAAAUUCUUCCAUCCAUGUCUAAUGCUGGUAGAACCAGACCUCUAUCAGAGGAUCAAGACCUACGUGGGGAGUGUGAACGAACAAAUUCGAGACUCAAGGAGACAGCUGAUUGGGUAUCUGCUGGAGAGGGACCAUGAGUGGAUGGAUAAAUCCAAAAAUCUAAAUGUAACUCAGAAAAUUCCUGCUUUACGUGGCAUUAAAGAAACCAAGAGAUCUAAUGUUGAAAAAGCAGGAAGAAGCACUGUGCUGUCUGGAAAAAAAGACAAACCUGCACACGGUAAAUCAGAAAACCUCCUUCACAUGAUUGCUGCGAAUGGGGAGCCACAGUUACUGGAGGAGCUGUUGGAAGACACAGACAUCAACGCUGUUAAUUCCUCCAAUAAGACUCUAUUACAUGUAGCCGCAGAACAGGAGCUUUUGUCCACCAUUCAGCUCUUGAUCUGUAAAGGAGCCAGACUAGACCUGCAGGAUGAUGUUGGUCACACAGCUCUUCACACAGCAGCCAGCAGGGGUCACACUGAGAUCAUCAGGGUCCUCAUGAAGGCCGGGGCCCCCAUCCACACAUUGGAUUCGCAGGGAAAAACGCCCAUUCACCUGGCAGCGGAAAAUGAGCACCUGGAUUCUAUAAAAAUCCUGGUGAAGGAGGAGGCCAAGCAGUCUGAAAGUCACACACAGGACACGUUUCUCCACAAGGCAGUCAUGGAAGAUAACUGCAAGCUUGCUGAGUUGCUGCUGCAGAACGGAGCCGCUGUCGAUGCCAUAAACAACCACAAAAAGACAGCUUUGUUUUAUGCAGUCAAGAGAAACAAUGACAAAAUGGUCAAAAUGCUUCUAAACGCAGGGGCCAAAGUUGACCGUGAUGCCAUAAAUGAAGCAAUUAAUCUCCAUGAAGUUACAAUUCUCCAGCUGCUGCUUGCGAAUGCCAGAGAAGUUCUGAGCCAAGAAGCCCUGGGCUCUGCUCUGCUCUCAGCUGUUAGACAGAACCAUGACGGAGUGGUGACCACACUGAUAGACAGCGGCGCAGAUGUGAACACCUGUGACAAACAACGUUACACUCCUCUGCUGCUGUCGGCUGAGCUGGGACACACUGAAGUCUUCAGAGUGCUUGUGGCAAAACAGGCCAAACUGGAUGCCACUUUACCUGACCUCUCCUCUGCGUUGCACCUGGCUGUCCACGGUGGCAGCGUGCCCAUAGUGCAGACUCUGCUGGAACAAGGACUGGACCCCAACAUCACUGGAGCUAAAGGCCAGACCCCCGUACACCUGGCCGCUCAGUGUAACAGGCCCGACUUAAUGGGUCUGCUGUUAGAAGCUGGAGCACAGGUGAAUGCAGUGAACCAGGAUGGACUGACUCCUCUGCAUGUAGCAGGUCAACAGGGUCACGCAGACUCUGUGAUGCAGCUUCUUCAGGGUAAAGCAGAUGCCAGAGUCAAAGACAGGCAGGGGAGGACAGCUCUGCACUGGGCAGCUUCUUCACAAAAAGAAAGCCGAGUGGUGGACCUGCUGCUGUCAGCCAAAGCCAACCCAAACGCCACCGAUAACGAGAAGAAAACUGCCCUCCACCUUGCUGCUCUGGCUGGAAAAGUAGGCAUGGUCACCUCACUGUUGUCCCACAAGGCGAAGGGAGGAGUCAGAGACAUGGAUGGCUCCACGCCUCUUCAUUACGCAGCAGCUGGUGGGCAUGCAGGUGUGGUUUCAGCUCUUUUACAGUCCCUCAACAACAAGGGGAUUCAAGACAGGAACGCUUGGAGGAAAACACCGCUUCAUACUGCAGCUGAGAAAGGUCACGAUAAUGUGGUUGUGCAGCUUCUGGAGGCCGGAGCAAAGAUCAACACUACAGAUCAGAGUAAAGACACUCCUCUGCACUGCGCUGCUCGUGGUGGACACCAGGAGGUGGUGAAGAGGCUUGUGAACUGGGGUCAAGCUGGGCAAAAACGACAAGGGAAUCAGAUGAAUCUGCAAGCUACAAACAAUGUGGGCAAGACGGCGCUGCAGCUGGCAGAGAGUGAAGACACACCAGAGCAUGAGAACACUGCAGCUUUACUCAAGAGAAAGAUGUUUCUGAUUAAGUAG